AUGAGUAUCAAGGCGGAAACCGGGGGCAUUCCCCUCGACAGCUCCUUCCAGGAUACGCUCAACGCCCUCGCGGAGUCGACCAACCCAGAUGCCAUCCUCCACGGGCUGAGGUUGGUGGCCUCCCAAGGGGAGUUCCUUGGGAACCAGCAGGGCCUCGCAGAGGUGGUCGCCCGGCACCUCGCCAGCUCCAAGCCGGAGGUCAUCGCCAUGGCUGUGCGUGCACUUGGGGUGCUUGGGGAAGCCGGCGGACACUACGCGGACCACGUGGCCGCGGUGAUGCGCUGGCCGAACCCGGACGUCCGCCUUGCGGCGGUGGAGGCCCCUCUAACCGUCGAUGUGCGAAAGUGCUUCCAGAUACACGUCAAGGAGUCAGAGCUCGAUGUGAAGUCCUUCCAAAAAAUAAGAGGGGCUCAUGGACGGCCUCCUUAA